AUGGGCAAGAAGUGCUAUGUGUGUAAGAAGAAAUGCGUUGGAGAGAUCCUGAAAGCGGAGGGCGAGAAAUACAUCCAUAUUUCUUGCUUCAAAUGUACAAGUAAGCUCUGUGCUGGCUUUGCUCUUGCAUUGUUCUGGUGGCUUACGCCACCAUCUCCACAGAUUCGCGCAGAGCAGUCGUUUAUUCUGGCACAAUAUGUUUCGGGAAGCUCGGAUUAUGGAGUUGAUCCGGUGUACAUCGAGAUCACCGAAGACUCUGUCCUGGAGUCAUGCAUGGAAAGCACUUUUCUUGAUCUGCCUAUAAAAUUAAACAUUGGUAAAAGCGCUACCCACCAAAAUAAUUCAAAAGUUUACGGGACACUGAAAGUGCAUGGGGAUUUCCCAUUGUAUCGACGAUGA